AUGAGGGGACUCAUAUUUGGUCCAGCUAGAGGAGAAGUUGCUAUGUCGGAGUCUGGGAAGCGGCUUCGAGUUGAGAGUAUGUUGUUGGGCGAACAGGCGGAUUUUUCGACAAGAAUGGCAUCGUGGAGGGAAGGAGUGAUAACUCCACUUUGUAUAACACCGACGAAACGAUGGGAGGAAUCCAGGCGGGGAUGGCUGUGGUCUCGAAGAACAGGGAGCUGGGUUCGAUAG